AAAACACAUUAUUUUGAAUAUUAGUUAAAAAAAAAAUGUACGAGCUUAAAUAUUAAAAAUUACAAAUAUCAUCUAUUGGCUUUCAUCCAUCUAUUGCCCUCGAGGGGAGAGCAACCCCUCUCUCUCUCUCUCUCUCUCUUGAGUUUUUUCCCAUUUUAUUAUUAAAGAUAAAUAAAAUAUUAAAUAAUACUCUGAAUGGGAAAAAAAUUCUCAAACUAAUGCUUACGUAAUCUCGCAGCUUGAUGUUGCGAGAUUUAAAUUGAUGGGGCACUGAAAAGACGACGCGUGGCAAGGAGAGAACCAAAUCUCGCAGCUUCAAGCUGUGAGAUUUAAAGAAAGCAGUCACUGGAAAGCUGACACGUGGCAGGGCGGACCAAAUCUCCCAGCUCUGUGGCACAAAUUUCGUCGGCCAUGGACUCGAAGAUCUGCGCGCUGGACGACUGCAAUCCCACCAAUGGCAACGUAGGCUGCCCACCGAACGGCUCCGCCACCGCAAUGCACAGCUCCGUAGCGCCCUCCGUCGUUGCGUCCUUCGAUGCCACCCUCGGGCGCCACCUCGUCGAAAUCGGCGUCAACGACGUCUUCUCCGUCCCCGGCCACUUCAACCUCACCCUCUUCGACCACCUCAUCGCCGAGCCCGACCUCAACCUCGUCGGCUGUUGCAAUGAGCUCAACGCCGGGUACACCACUGACGGCUACGCCCGCUGCCGCGGAGUCGGAGCCUGCGCCGUCACUUUCACUGUCGGCGGUCUCAGCAUUCUCAAUGCGAUUUCCGGAGCCUACAGCGAGAACCUUCCCCUUAUUUGCAUCGUUGGUGGUUCGAACUCCAAUGAUUACGGGACCAACAGGAUUCCUCACCCCACUUUCAGCAUCAGCUGUAAUCUACUUGGAAUUCCUCACCCCACUUUCAGUCGCGACCCUGUUCCCUUCACAAUUUCCCCAACGUAAUAUCCGAGCUAUUUUGUAUAAGAAUUAAAUAUCUAUCUUUAAGGUGUUAUCGUAUUUGAAUUUGAAUUUGCUAGAUUCUUCUUCUUCUA